CAAGUAUGACUUCAUAAGCUAAAUCAGAUCUGAAAAGACAUCGGACACGGUGGAGAGUGUCACGUGGGAGCAAAAAGACGAUAACUUUCAACUACCAACGGUAACCGUUGGGUGAGGUGUGGAAGCUAUUAGGAACGUGGUCUCAACAGUCCAACUACGAAGGAAAUGACCCUGGAAUGGUAGCUACGCCUAGAUGCAGAUCUCUUUUAACAAAACCUGACAAUAAUUAAAUAAAGGAAAAAAACAGAAGAAGAAAGCUUUAAAAUCCUUUGAUGUUGACAUGAAUGUUACCCCAUUCCCUUUUUGACGAUCUGUGUACUUGAAGAACAAAUUUUAUCAAACGAUUUUUUUGACAAACAAAAAAUGAGCUGGAGUAGUGUCGGCAACUGGUUCAAAACUCAAGUAACUUUGAAGAAUUUGUUCAGACUUUUUCUGGGCCAACUUGUUUCUUUCGUUCUUGCACUUAUGAGCUUUACUUCUUCUUUGAUAGCCAGUCUUGGUGUGGAUGCGCCUAUCACUCAGACUUCCUUCACUUACUUCGCUUUAGCUGUGGUUUAUGGUAGCAUCUUGCUCUAUAGGGGUCAAAAGCUAAGGAUUCCUUGGUAUUGGUAUCUCGCCCUCGGCUUUGUUGAUGUUCAAGGGAAUUAUCUUGUUAACAAAGCCUUCCAGUUCUCCUCAAUCACUAGUGUGACACUGUUGGACUGCUGGACCAUCGUAUGGGCAAUAUUUCUCACAUAUUUCUUCAUAGGCACUAGAUAUUCUUUAUUGCAGCUAGGGGGUGCUGCUCUUUGUGUGCUUGGCCUUGGUCUAGUGCUCCUCUCCGAUGCAGGGGUGGGUGGUGGAGGUGGUUCGAAACCAAUUCUUGGAGAUGCACUAGUAAUUGCUGGCACUCUCUUCUUUGCCAUGAGCAAUGUUGGUGAGGAAUUUUGUGUUAAGAAGAAAGACCGAAUCGAAGUGGUUUCGAUGAUUGGUCUUUUUGGGAUGCUAUUGAGCGGUGUCGAGUUGUAUCCUUUAUGCUUGAUACUAGGCUUUGCUGGAUAUACCUUUUCAAGUUUCAUGUUCUACACUAUCACGCCCUUUGUUCUCAAGUUGAGUGGAGCCACGAUGUUUAAUCUGUCGCUGUUAACGUCUGAUAUGUGGGCGGUGGUGGUUCGCAUCCUUUUCUAUCGCCAGCAGGUUGAUUGGCUAUAUUUUGUUGCAUUUGGAGUUGUAGUGAUCGGACUCGUCACCUAUUCGACAACUGAAAAGGUCCCUGCAACGGUGGUUGAGGAUGGAAGCCAGAGUGUUGAAUACCAAGAGCUUAAUGCUGAAUCAAGAGACGAGUGUUGAGGUUCAUGUCCAAAAUGGGAACAACUGCGUGCAGGCAGGUGCUUUUGUUAAAUGCCAUUUCUUUCCUAUCUAAUUACCACCAAAUAUUGUCGGUUGGUAUUGUAAUCAACUGGCCACUUCUUUGGUUAGGGAGGAACAAGAUGGUGUUUAGUGGUAAAUGUCCCAACACUAUUCAACUUACAAUGGUUCUCCACGGAAACAUUUUCUUUAGGCCUGCCGCCUGCUGACGCAUAAUAUCAUAUCCCACGGAAAAUCCGCCCUCUGUUGCUUCUCUUGCUAAUUUUUGGAUAAAUUUUAUUAAAAUUAAAAGAAAAA